UGAAGUUUUUCUUGGGUGCCCUGUUAGUGGCUGAGCCGGUUCGUGUACACUUUGCCUAGUGCCUCUGUCAUGCUGCACGGCAGUGCCUGUGUGAAGGCUCUCCUGGGUGCUCUUAUCUGGCUGUUAGAACGUGGCACAGUGAGGUUCUAGAACGAUCAGUGGACACAAUGGGGACCCCUGAAAAGAAGCAGUUUGCCUGCAGAUAUAAAUAUAGUCUGCCUCUUCUCAAACCUAUCCGCACCACCAAAAGACACCAGCAUCCCAUUGAUAAUGCGGGCUUGUUAUCCUUCACAACAUUGAACUGGAUUACUCCCCUUGCAAGGAAGGCUUACAAGAUGUCAGAACUCAAAAUGAGUGACCUAUGGGGUCUUCCUUCACAGGAGUCAUCAGAAUUGAACUGUGAAAGAUUACAAAGCCUUUGGGAAGAUGAAGUAAGAAAACGGGGUAAGAAAAAAGCAUCUCUGAGCCUGGUGAUGUGGAGGUUUUGUCAAACCAGAUCCUUGCUGGCAUUGUUUUCUCUGAUUAUUACUAUGGUAGCAAAUUUCAUUGGCCCGGCUAUUUUUAUUCGCGCAUUAUUGGAUUAUUCACAAUCCACAGAUUCAGAUCUCCUUCAUGGCCUUCUUCUUGCAUUUGGCAUUUUUGGAGCGGAGUUUAUUCGCUCUUGGUCCUUUGCCCUAAAUUGGGCUAUGAAUUACAGAACAGGAAUUCGGCUAAAGGGAGCUGUGCUCUCUAUGGCUUUCAAGAAGAUCCUAAAACUAAAAGAAUCAAAAGAAGUGACUGCUGGAGAGCUCAUUAAUAUGUGCUCCAAUGAUGGUCACCGGCUCUUUGAAGUGGCUGCCAUAGGCUGCAUUUUGGCUGCCGGUCCUGUAAUUGCAGUCUUGGGUCUGGUAUAUACGGCUGUGUUCCUAGGUCCCACUGCUCUGAUAGGUUCAGCCGUAUUUAUAUUCUUCUAUCCGUUCAUGAUGUUGGCUUCCAGGAUGACUGCGUAUUUUAGAAGAAAAUGUAUAACGGUGACAGACAGAAGAGUGCGGAUAAUGAAUGAAAUUCUUAAUUGCAUUCGAUUUAUUAAAAUGUAUGCAUGGGAAAAUACUUUCAUACGGAACAUUCAAGCUAUCAGAAAUGCAGAAAAGGUAUAUUUGGAAAAAGCUGGGUAUGUGCAGAGUGUUACUACUGGAAUAGCUCCUGCUGUAGUAGUGAUUGCCAGUGUGUGCACGUUCACAGUGCACAUGGCUCUUGGAUAUGAUCUGAGUGCACCUGAGGCUUUUACAGUUGUCACAAUUUUCAAUGCAAUGACAUCAGCUAUUAAAAUGAUACCACAUGGGGUAAAAGCAGCUUCUGAAGCCUCUGUCUCUAUAGCAAGAUUCCAGAAACUGUUCUUGAUGGAGGAGAUCGAGAUGUACAGUAACCAGAAUGGGAUACCAGAUGACAUCAUUGAAUUCAAAGGAGCUUACCUAUCAUGGAAACCAGGGAAAGGCAGCUUAAAGAGUAUAUGUGAAAACCAUAAAACCGAUAGAUUAGAAGAUUCGUGUAACAAAAAACUUUCCCAGCAGCAUAACAAGAGUGCCCCCGAGAAAAGCUCAAGUUUAGAAAAUGGCCAUUUUGAUUUGAAACAACCGUUGUGUGUUGGAGGAAUGGAAUAUUCCUUGUUUGAGCACCCACCUGUGCUUCUUAAUAUCAAUUUCACUCUGCAGAAGGGCAAACUUAUUGGAAUAUGUGGAAGUGUUGGGAGUGGCAAAAGUUCUUUCAUAUUAUCUAUACUUGGUCAGGUGACCUUGGUAAAAGGUAUAAUGUCAGUGGCAGGCAACAUUGCCUACGCAGCUCAGCAGCCAUGGAUUUUCAAUGCUUCGCUGCGAGAAAACAUCUUGUUUGGGAGAGAAUAUGAUGGAGAAAAAUACAAGAACACUUUAGAAGUAUGCUGCUUGUAUCCUGACAUUGAUGCUUUACCAGAUGGUGACCUGACAGAGAUAGGGGAACGUGGAGUAAAUCUCAGUGGAGGACAACGCCAGAGGAUCAGCUUGGCCCGGGCUCUCUACAGUGACAGAAGCUUGGUUCUGUUGGAUGAUCCACUUAGUGCAGUGGACGUGUAUGUGGCUGAAGAAUUGUUCAACAAAGCAAUUAAGAUUGGAAUGCGAAAUAGGAGUGUCUUGUUUGUAACACAUCAGCUGCAGUAUCUGUCAGAAUGCGAGGAAAUUCUGUUCAUGAAAGAUGGGCACAUUGCAGAGCAGGGCACACAUGAGGAUCUGAUGGACCUGAAGGGUGACUAUGCAGCGUUAUUUCAGAGCCUGCAGGAAGUGAAUGUCUUUAAAGGUGACACACAGCAUUCUGUGAAGAAACAGGAUGUGUUUCACAGAAACGUAUCCAGUACUUAUCCUGUUUUAUUUCCUGAGGGCAGCAAAGAUGAAGUUUUGACGGAGGAGUCUAGGAAUCUUGAAAACCUGAAGAUGGCCACUGCAGAAGGAUUGCAAAACAGUAGUCACAUUGCUGAAAAAGAUGAACAAGAGGUGAUGAUCACAGUGGAUGUUAUAGAUGAGCACACUCAUGCAAGCUCCCAGAGAGGGACGUCUACAGUCCUACCAACAGUAGUGCAGGCAGAUCAAGAUGGUGAUGAUGAAGAUCAUGAUGAUGAUGAAAAGGGAUCUGUACACGAAUCAGAGGGAAAUUUGGGUAGCCUAAAUUACAAUGAAGAGAAGAAGGUCAGGGCGCUCAUGCAGGCAGAAGAGAAGGGAGAUGGUUCGGUACCUUGGUCCAUAUACAGAGUCUACAUUAAGGCUGCUGGAGGGUCAAUCCUAUUCACUGCCAACGCUGUAUUGUUCAUAUUAACCACAGGGAGCCUAGCCUUCUGCAAUUGGUGGCUUAGCUACUGGAUUAAUCAAGGCAACGGGAACACAACUUUUGUUAUAAACAAUACAACGUUUCCAAGUGGCAGCAUGAGAGAUAACCCUCACCUACAUUUCUAUGUUCUGAUAUAUGUUUUAUCAAUGGUGGCAGGCCUCCUUCUGAGAUUCUUUCGGGGAUAUGUGUUUGUAAAGAGCACGCUGAAGGCUUCAACAAGGCUCCAUGAUCAGUUGUUUCUCAAAAUCCUCUAUAGCCCUGUAAAGCUGUUUGAUACUACACCCACAGGCCGCAUCUUGAACAGAUUCACCAAAGACAUGGAUGAGGUGGAUACCCGUCUUCCGAGUCAAAUGGAGCAACUAAUACAAAAUCUGAUCCUUGUUGUCUUUUGCCUUGGAAUUAUUAGCUCUGUAUUCCCAUGGUUCCUUUUGUCUGUGAUACCUUUAAUCAUACUCUUCUUUGCCAUUAACAAGGCUUCAAAAAUACUGAUACGGGAACUGAAACGUCUUGAUAACAUAAGCCAGUCUCCAUUCCUAUCUCAUGUUACUUCCACUUUGCAUGGGAUAACAACAAUCCAAGCCUAUUCCAAAGGCAAUGAUGCACUUCUCAAGUUCCACAAACUUUUGGAUAUCAACCAUGUGCCUUACUUUCUCUUUACCUGUGCAACACGGUGGCUGGCUGUGCGUCUUGACCUGAUUAGCAUUACCAUUAUUACUCUCACUGCAGUGUGCAUAGUCCUGAUGCAUGGGCAUAUACCACCAGCAUAUGCAGGGUUAGCCAUCUCUUAUGCUGUGCAGCUUACAGGACUCUUCCAGUUUACUGCUCGUUUGGCGACAGAGACAGAAGCCAGAUUCACAUCAGUUGAGAGGAUAAAUUACUACAUAGAUAAUCUGGAAUCUGAAGCCCCCUCCAAAAUUCCGGAAGAAUCACCUCCUGAUGACUGGCCCCAACAAGGAGCAAUCAAGUUUGAAAAUGUAGAAAUGCGCUAUCGGGAAAACUUACCACUGGUACUCAAGAAUGUAUCAUUCAGUAUUGGACCACAAGAGAAAGUUGGAAUAGUUGGAAGAACUGGCUCCGGUAAAACCUCUCUAGGUGUGACACUGUUCAGAUUAGUUGAGUUGGACGGAGGUCUAAUUAGUAUCGACAAUAUCUGCAUAAGCAAAAUUGGACUGCAGGAUCUAAGGAUGAAAUUGUCUAUUAUCCCUCAAGAGCCUGUUCUGUUUGUUGGAAAUGUAAGGUCGAAUUUGGACCCGAUGAGUCAACAUACAGAUGAGGAGAUCUGGAAAGCCUUAGAAAGAACUCACAUGAGACAACACGUAGCACAGAUGGACAAACAGCUAUACUCAGAAGUGAGAGAAAAUGGAAGUAAUUUCUCAGUUGGAGAGCGUCAGCUUCUGUGCAUGGCACGGGCAUUGUUACGAAACAGCAAGAUAUUAGUUUUAGAUGAAGCAACUGCUGCAAUUGAUAAUGAAACUGAUGCACUUAUCCAGAAAACCAUUAAAGAUGCAUUUAGAGAAUGCACCGUGCUCAUUAUAGCUCACCGUCUAAACACUGUAUUCCACUGUGACAAGAUACUUGUAAUGGAAAAUGGAAAGGCAAAAAGCUGUGUUAUUGGAGAGCGCUGCUUGAGGACUGCUUCUAGAGGGAUCCUGAGAUCUGCCAUGUCUUCUGUGUUUGGGAUUGAGAACUCUGCAUCUGGAGUGCUAAGGAGAGCUGUAGAAUUGGACACCAGUGGCCGGUAUCAGGAGAGUCUUGUGUGCUACCAAGAGGGCAUUGACUUGCUAAUACAGGUUUUAAAGGCCACUAAAGAUGAUGCAAAAAGAGCCCAUUACAGACAAAAGGUAACAGACUACAUGGAGAGAGCUGAAAAAAUCAAACACCACGUGCUUAAAGAGAAGGAAGAAGGAAAAUAUCAUAAGCAAAUCAAGAUUUUAGAAAAUUCAACAGGGUAUAGCUAUGAAAAUCUAUUCAAGCCAUACAUAAAUGAAAUGCUCACAGAAGUGUGGGUAGAAGAUCCUUACAUCCGAUACGUGCAUCAGCUGUAUAACUUUUUACGUUUCUGCGAAAUGCUUAUCAAAGGACCUUCAAAAGUCAAACAAAUUAACCUACUAACUUCCAGAGAUGAGGAAAAUGGUAAAGAUCAGCAGUGCAGUGGCUUGCAAGAGAUCAAGAAUUCCCUGCUGGAUUAUGGUGUAACAUUGGAUGUCACUUUCUCUUCAUCCAUCCACGACCGAGAAAUUAGGUUCAACAAUGGUUGGUUGAUUAAGAUUGGAAGAGGACUUGACUAUUUUAAGAAGCCUCAGGGUCGAUUUUCUAUUGGUUAUUGCGACUACGAUUUGAGACCUUGUUAUGAAACGUCAGUGGAUAUUUUCCAUAGCAAUCACACACGAAAAACGUGACGGAACAUGGUUUAUUGAACUCUGUGCUUACAUGUUGAGAAGCGGUAAUUUUAGGGCAGCUAAUUCACCAUUCCAGCCCAGAAUGUAUAUGUACAUACUUAGAAUUAGAUGGGACUGCGGCAUGUACUUUAAUAAGCUGGUUCUCAGUUGUUUUACGUCUUUCCACCAUGUCAUUUGAAGUCUUAAACAAAAGCCAAAACAUAUAUGAAAGCUUGAUGUAAAACAAAGUUUACAAAGAGUGAAGAACUCGUUCUUUCAACUUUCUACCUCUUUCACAUCUCCCGUCUUUCCAUAAACACUUAUUUUGUUCUGAGUAACAAUGAGGGUCCGUAGACCACUGUUUGAGAACAACUGCUUUUAAAGUUGGUAUUUAUUAAACCGUUCGUAGCCAAACAACAGUUGUGGCAAAACAUUUCUUACCAUGGCCAGAAUUGUCACAUUUCUGGAAACGAAGGGAAUAAAUUGUUUACGUAGGCAUACUUUUGGCUUUAAAUUCCCUUUUAACCAAUCUGGUGUUAAUAGAUGGCAACUUUAACAGUUACACAUAAUGCUGGCCCAUUUCAUUUAGAGGUACACUCCAUUGUCCAAAUUUAAAAAAAUGAAUCACUAUUUAGUAGAUAUGCCUCCAAUGAAAACAUGCAUGCAUUAAAUUAUGCAUUUUUAAUUUGUGGGUAUAUCUAAAGACAGCUUGCAAAAAACACAGAUUUUAGCUCCACUGAGGUUACCGCGACAAUGCUCUCAUACAUUUCCAGGUGCCGGCCAGAAGGAGCUGUCCGCACCCCACUGGGGGUACAGACAUGCUGCAUCUCCCACCUGACUACCAAAGAAUCAGAUUUCCCCUUCCCUGGCGCCAAGGUAAACCUCUGGAAGAGGGAAUACACUUUUGUACGGCUUCCUGUUCCCCCACUAUAGCCCUUAUACCCCCACAGCCUGUGUCACCCCAUUAUAGCCCUGUCACCCACUACAGCCACUAUCCUCCCUGCAAUAGUUCCUAUCCUCCCAUGACCGUCUCUGUGACCCCACCACAGCCCCUCUCACCUCUCUCUAGCUCUUGUCACCCCAGCAUAGCCCCCAUUAUAUCAUUAUAGUCCUUAACCUCCCACUACAGCUCCAGUUCUCCUGCUAUAAGCCCUAUCCGUCCACGAUAGCUACUAUCCUCCCUACAAUAGCCACUAACCCCCCUACCAUAUCAACUACCCCAUCCCCCUACCAUAGCCACUAUCCACCCCACCAAAGUCCCUACCAUCACUGUGGGGCUUUUAGUUACCAGCUAUAGCCAUAAUCCUCCCACUACAGCCCCUAUAUUCCCACUAUAACACUAACCCACACCUAAACCAUAUUCCCCCAAUACAGCCAUAAAUGCAAUACAAGAUGCAGCGAUCCUCAGACAGGCAAACCCACAAGCAGCAUUCCUACAAACAUACAACACGACAAGUAGCCUCUACACAUACCCUCUCCCAGCUCUAUCCCACUUAUCAUCCAACCACCAACCUAGUCACAUUCACCAAUCAAUCAUACACCAAACUAGUUUUGUAAAAGCAUGCAAUCAAAUACUGUAUAUAUAACUACAGAGAGGGAAAAAAAUAUUCGAUCUCCUGCUGAUUUUGAACGUUUGCCCACUGACAAAGAAAUGAUCAGUCUAUAAUUUUAAUGGUAUGUGUAUUUUAA